AUGAAGUGCUCUGCAUGCCAAGUAGAAGUGGAUGGAAACAUCAGAGACCACUACGCCUCUGAAGUGCACAAAAUAAAUGUCAAGAGACAGAUCUACAACGCACCACCAAUAACAAUCGAAGAAAUCAAUGCAGACCAGCCGAGCGACGAUGUGUCUUUGGAGAUUAAUGGUCUUGAUGCCGGAGAAAGAAGUUCCAAAAGAAGGUCUAAAAAAAGAAGCUCUUCCAAGCGGGAGACCUCCAUUCCGGAAUCAGUGUGCUUGUUCUGUGACUUCCCAGAAAGUGCAGUUCAUUAUAAGAGUCAUGGGCUGUCCGACGAGGAAAUUGCGUAUAUCAACAGCAGGGUCUGCUAUGUAUGUUAUGAAGCCUUCAGCGACUAUGGCUGCCUCCGGAGACAUAUUUCUUCUGGGAAACAUAGAAAUGUAGUGACUGAUGGGGUGAAUCUCAUACUGGAAAAUGGAAAAGUCAUUCAGGGAAGAGCUCGCGCUAAGCCUAGGGAGGAAGAGCCCAUACAGAGAUCUGAAGGGGCAAGCAGGAUUGUCCUAAUGAAGAAUCCAAUAAAGGAGGACAAGAAAGCCAUUAUGAGAAGCAAGAACCAGCUAAAGAUUUCACUUUCAAUGAAUUACCAACCACGAUAUAGGCCAGACUGGAUGCAAUGA